UACAGCAUAAUUAUAUCUAAAGAGCUGUAAAAAGAACUAUCUAGUAUCAUUUUAUGAUUCUUAAUAAAUACGGACAUUAUUAAAGCAUAAAGCAAAAAUUCAAGCAUAAAUAAACAUUAAGAAACAUUCGGUAAAAUAUUAAUAUGAGUGCAGUAACUAGAUAUGAAUGCAAUUAUUCACUGUGCUGCUAAUCAUAGGUCCAGAAUUAUGGCUGCCAAAAAGCUAAUUUAUCCUGCAGCUGAACGUAACAAAAGUCCUAUUUUGUCAGUUCUUCAAAAAUAUAUUCAGCAUAGUCCAGACGAAACUUUUUUGGAAAUUGCAUCUGGUUCUGGACAACAUAUAGCAUAUUUUGCUACUCACUUUCCUCAAAUUUCAUUUUAUCCUUCAGAAUAUGAAUCAAGGCUAUUCGAAAGUAUUGCAGCUCAUACAAAUGGACUUAUAAAUGUGAAAGACCCUUUAAAGAUAGAUAUUACAACAGAUUUUCAUACUUGGGGCAAUAAUAUCUUUAAAGAAGCCAAUAUUGAUUAUAUAUAUAAUGCAAAUAUGAUACACAUUUCACCUUAUCAGUGUAGUGUUGGUUUAUUUAAUAAUGCGGGUAAAUUGUUAAAGGAUGAUGGUAUUUUAUUUACAUAUGGACCUUAUGCUAUAGACGGAAAAAUAACGCCAGAAAGUAACGUUAAUUUCAAUAAAUCAUUGAAGCUUCAAGAUUCGAACUGGGGCCUGAGAGAUAUUAAUGAUCUGAAGGCAUUAGCAGAAAAGAAUGGUAUUAAGUUAAUAAAUGUUAUUGACAUGCCUGCUAACAAUAAAACUAUUAUAUGGAAAAAAUGUUAAAUAUAUAGUAACAGUGAAGUAAUUGAGUCAGUAAGAUGAAAAAUAGUGUCAGUCCAAAAACCGUAUUUUCAGGUAUUUUAUAAAAUAGCUUCAGUUUCGACAUCAACGUCAUUAAUUUUACAGCGUUGUUCCGAUUUAAACAAAUGAAUGUUCAUAUAUGUCUAACAGCUAAAAUCUAUCAUAAAUCUUAAAUAAUUGAAAUGAAAUCACAUUAAGCUUGCACUGUCUUCCUGUUUUUAUUGAAAUUCUGCAUAAUUUUGCUUCGACUACAAAAUGUAUAUUAAAACUAUUAGAUUUGCAUUUUGAUAACUAGUAUAGUCUUCUUACUUAAAUCUGUAUCUCGAUAAUUAAUAUGUAUGCAAUAUUAUUAUUCUGUACUCUUCAAUAUUAUAAAUAUAUUGUAACCAAUUUUUCAUUCAA